AUGCCCACAGCGACCAGCUCGGGGGCGGACGCCGCGGGCGGCGGGGCAGGGCCGCGGCACCGGGAGCACAACCAGGGCAACCAGGAGCGCAAGUACACGGUGGAGCAGAAGGCGGCGGUGAUGCGGAUCCGGCGGUGCAAGGCGACGGCCUUCUACGACAUACUGGGGCUGGAGGAGGCGCGCAAGUCGUCGUGCACCGAGGCGGACAUCAAGAAGGCCUACCGCAAGCAGUCGCUGCUGACGCACCCGGACAAGAACGGCCACGAGCACGCUGACGAGGCCUUCAAGAUGGUCUCGCGCGCCUUCAGCGUGCUCGGCGACAAGGACAAGAGGGACCAGUUCGACCGCUUCGGCACCGACCCCGACAGCCGCUUCUCCAGCGCCCAGGCGCAGAAUCCGUUUUCCGGCUUCGCGAAUAGGGCGGCCGCCGGCGGGGGCGGCGGUGGUGGCGGCGGCGGCAACAUGUGGGAGGAGGAGAUCAGCCCGGAGGAGAUGUUUGCGAGGUUCUUUGGCGGUGGUGGCUUUGGAGGUCCGUUUGGAGGGCUAACAACUGAGGGACACAAAGGCUUUGACACGGGGCCACAGUUCGUUUUCAACUUUGGCGGCGGGCCUGGCGUCCGGGUACAUCAGUUCGGCGGAGGUAGGCCGAGGAGGCGACCCCGGGACCCCGAACAGGCGCAGGAUACCAGCCUCACAAGCACCAUCAUGGGCCUCCUUCCCAUCAUCCUCCUCUUCCUCUUCCCGCUCCUCAACUCAUUAUUCUCGGGCGGCUCGCAACCGGCCGCGCCCAGCAUGGUGUUCGACCAGCCGCAGCCGCCCGUGUACACGGCGGAGCGCACCAUACCGAACCUGAACGUCAAGUACUACGUGAACCCGGCCGACAUCGCGCAGUACAGCAACUACAAGCUGAGCCAGCUGGACAGGACGGCCGAGGUGACGCUGGUGCGGCAGCUCAAGACGGAGUGCGAGCACGAGAUCACGCGCCAGCACAGGCUACGGGAGGCCGCCCAGGGCUGGUUCUUCGAGGAUCCCGAGAAGAUGGAGAUCGCCGAGAACAUGAAGAUGCCAAACUGCAAGAGGUUAAUGGAGCUCGGGAAGGUGUAG